CCAAUCUUCUCUCACUCACAAUGUUCAGUAGCGUCAGUUGAGAGUUGAGGACCCAUAGUCCUUUAUCAUAGCGGUACCUUUCCUUCCUAGCCAAGCCAGAGAGACACUCGCAGGUCCACUAUUCCACCACCACUCAACUCUCAAGCUCAGCGCUCUCCACUCUCCAGGAAUAAUAAUAAUACUAAUAAUAAAGCACCUCCAAUUUGAAACCAUAAUUGACAGACACAGCCUCUUGAUUGUUGACUCACAGAGAAAUUCAGAGAAGCGAAACAAGAUUGGGUUUUAGUGCACAGUGACAAACAAAAACCCACAAAUAGAAAAUGACGAGCAAGGCGUCAAAUUUCUCGGAUCUGAUCCAAAGAGUCGCCGCCUCUUGCUUGCUUCAUCCACUAGCCGCGAGCCGCCACGAGAAUCGAGCUGGAGUUGAGGAAGACGGGUCCAAGUCCGAGUCAGAGUCAGAGGCAGAGUUCAAGUCCGAAGAAGAAGAAGAAGAAGCAGCAGAAGAAAAGGAAAAGUACAAGGAAUGGUGGGAAGGGACGAAGGAAGAGGCGAGAAUAGAGAAAAUGAUGGAGAUGGAGAGAGUGAUGAAGGAAGUGUUCGAGGCAGUGUCGUCGAUGAAGAGAGCUUACUCGACCCUGCAACAAGCGCAUUGCCCGUGGGACCCGGAGAAGAUAAGGGUGGCUGACGUGGCUGUGGUGGGUGAGCUGAAGAGGCUAGCUGUGUUGAGAGAGAGAUUCAGGAGGAGCAGCUACAAUGGAAGUAGAGGAGGAGGAAGAAGUGGAGGAGUGGUGGGGGUGAGAGAGGUGGUGGCGCCGUAUGAGGCGGCGGUGGAGGAGCUGAAGAGGGAGGUGAAGGUGAGGGAAGUGGAGGUGGAGAAUCUGAAGGAUAAGCUUAGGAAUGUUGCUACACUCACUACUGCUACUACUACUACUACUGUUACCAAUGGAAAGAAGGGAAGGUCCCACUCUCACUCUUUGUCAAAAAAGAAGCUUUCUUGCACUCUUCAACCUCAAGGUGCAGUAGCCCCAACUUCUGAGCUCUUUGAAACUACAAUGAGCCAGGUUAGAGAGGCAUCCAAGUCCUUCACAUCCCUCCUCCUCUCCCACAUGCGCUCUGCCCACUGGGACAUUGCUGCUGCUGUCCGUUCCAUUGAAGCUGCCACCACUGCCACUGAUAGUAUCACCUUUACCAACAACACUUCAUCUGCCAUUGCUAGCCACCAUGCCAAAUAUGCUCUUGAAUCCUACAUUUCCCGCAAAAUCUUUCAAGGAUUUGACCAUGAGACCUUCUACAUGGAUGGCAGCCUCUCAUCCCUCCUCAAUCCAGACCAGUUUCGCCGUGACUGCUUCACCCAGUACCGCGAUAUGAAGGCAAUGGACCCUUCUGAACUUCUUGGGAUCUUGCCGACCUGUCACUUUGGCAAAUUCUGCUCCAAGAGGUACCUUUCCAUUGUUCAUCCCAAAAUGGAGGAGUCCUUGUUUGGAGACUUGGAACAGCGGCGCCAGGUAUUGGCCGGGAACCAUCCUAGGAGUCAGUUUUAUGUUGAAUUCUUGCAACUUGCCAAGGCUGUGUGGCUGCUUCACUUGCUGGCAUUCUCACUUGACCCAGCACCUAGUCAGUUCGAGGCAAGUCGGGGAGCUGAGCUUCAUCCACAGUAUAUGGAGAGUGUUGUUAAGUUUUCAAACGGGCGCGUGCCUGCAGGUCAAAUUGUGGGUUUCCCAGUUAGUCCUGGAUUCAAGCUUGGAAACGGUUCGGUUAUUAAGGCUAGGGUUUAUCUGGUAUCUAGGACGUAAGGCAAACAAUUGAGGUUGUUAUAUGUCAAGCUGGCUGUUCUUAAACAAUUAAAGGGCUUUUUGGGAUUGUUUGUUUAUUACUAAUGCUGUUAGGAUAUCAUUAGGUUAUUCUUGUAAUUAAGACGGUUAGAUCACUAAUGAGAAGGUAAAUGUAAUAUUAACAUUUGCUGUUUUUGGAACCGGAUGUAGCCACUUCAGAUUCUAGACUUGAAAUCUGGAACCACUUAAUCAGUCUUAAUUGAUGUUUUCCAUUUUGUUCCAAACAA